CAGCGGAUGCCGGGAGGCGACUCCACACAGCAGCUGGACCGAUCCGAGAAAGCUAAACCGUACCCGGACUUGGUCCUGAGUGAGACUGACGCUGAGCUCGAGCCCGCUGCAGGUCCUCAACAUGCUGAGCGUCCGAUUCUUGGCGCACCGGCUGCUCUGCCUCCAGGGUCGGCACCCCUCGUACUCUACCGUAGCUGCUCUCCCGAACCCAAUCCCAAACCCAGAGAUUCGCUACAACCAGCUGUUCAUCAACAAUGAAUGGCGUGAGGCAGUCAGCAAAAAGACCUUCCCCACAGUGAACCCCACCACAGGCGAGGUCAUCGGGCACGUGGCCGAAGGUGACCGGGCAGAUGUGGACCUGGCCGUGAAAGCAGCCCGAGAGGCCUUCCGCUUGGGGUCCCCGUGGCGCAGAAUGGAUGCCUCCGAGCGGGGCCGGCUGCUGAACCGUUUGGCUGAUCUCGUGGAACGGGAUCGGGUGUACUUGGCCUCUUUGGAGACCUUGGAUAAUGGGAAACCUUUCCAGGAGUCUUAUGUCUUGGACCUGGAUGAGGUCAUCAAGGUGUACCGUUACUUUGCUGGCUGGGCUGACAAGUGGCAUGGUAAAACCAUCCCUAUGGAUGGCGAGCAUUUCUGCUUCACCCGGCAUGAGCCAGUGGGUGUCUGCGGCCAGAUAAUCCCAUGGAAUUUCCCACUGGUCAUGCAAGGCUGGAAGCUGGCCCCGGCACUCGCUACAGGCAACACUGUGGUCAUGAAGGUGGCAGAGCAAACCCCACUUUCUGCCCUGUAUUUGGCCUCCCUCAUCAAGGAGGCAGGGUUUCCCCCGGGAGUGGUGAACAUCAUCACUGGCUAUGGCCCCACCGCAGGGGCAGCUAUAGCCCAGCAUAUGGAUGUGGAUAAAGUUGCCUUCACGGGCUCCACCGAGGUGGGCCACCUGAUCCAGAAAGCUGCUGGGGACUCCAACCUCAAGAGAGUCACCUUGGAGCUGGGUGGGAAGAGCCCCAGCAUCGUGCUGGCAGACGCUGAUAUGGCUCAUGCAGUGGACCAGUGUCACGAAGCCCUCUUCUUUAACAUGGGCCAGUGCUGCUGUGCGGGUUCCCGGACAUUUGUGGAAGAAUCCAUCUAUCACGAGUUUCUCGAGAGGACUGUGGAGAAGGCUAAGCAGAGGAAAGUGGGGAACCCCUUUGAACUGGACACCCAACAGGGGCCUCAGGUGGACAAGGAACAGUUUGAACGAAUCCUGGGCUACAUCCGGGCUGGUCAGAAGGAGGGGGCAAAACUUCUCUGCGGUGGGGAGCGUUUUGGGGAUCGUGGCUUCUUCAUCAAGCCCACAGUCUUUGGCGAUGUGCGGGACGACAUGAAGAUUGCCAGAGAGGAGAUCUUUGGGCCUGUGCAGCCUCUGUUCAAGUUCAAGAAGAUCGAGGAAGUGAUUCAGAGGGCCAACAACACCAGGUAUGGCCUGGCUGCGGCUGUGUUCACCAGAGACCUGGACAAGGCCUUAUACUUCACUCAGGCCCUGCAAGCUGGGACAGUGUGGGUGAACACCUACAAUAUCGUCACCUGCCACACGCCGUUUGGAGGCUUUAAGGAAUCCGGCAACGGGAGGGAGCUGGGGGAAGACGGGCUUAGAGCCUACACGGAGGUGAAGACUGUCACCAUCAAGGUUCCAGAGAAGAACUCCUGAGAUUGGCCACCUGUAUCCGUAGUAGAAAGCGGAGCAGUGGCCAGCAGGGACUGGGGGGAGGGGAAGAGGGGAAUGGCUGUUUGUGGAUACUGGGCUCCUCUUGAGGAGGUCUUGAAAAUGUUGUGGAAUUGGGCAGUGGACAUGGUUGUACAACGUUGCAAUUGUACUGAUUUACUACCAAAUUAUACUCUUAAUUAGGGUAUGGGAAUUAACUUCAUUUUAAAAUUAAAAUAAGCUCAAUGUUCUAUUUGCAAA